AUUUUUAUAUAUAAGAUGGACACGGAUUACGUUGUUGACGAUAAUUGUGGUCCUGAGCCCAUGGAUGACAUUGUUGAUGAGAAUGAAUUUUUGCUGUUGAGACCCUUGCUACUCAUAGUGGAGUACAUGAAAACUAUGUCCCCAAGUGAAUGCUCCUUUACUUCUCCUAUGUUGAUAGAAAAGCCAAAAGAUGAAGGUACUCAUAUGAAGGAGGCAGAUGUAAAA